AUGACUGAUAAAGACAUAAAAAUUAAAUCACUUGAGUCUGAAUUAGAUAAUCGAUAACAAUAAAUCAUUGUACUCCAAACUGAUAUUGUUAAUCUACAAUAGAGAAUUGAUCAAAAUGCAGAUGUGAUUUUCUUAAAUAAUGUAGGUUGUUGAAUUAUCAGAAAAAAUUAAAAUGCUGGAAACUUAAAAUGUUAAACUUAUCGAGAAAAAUUAGAGUGAUGUGGUUGAUUGGAAAACAAGAGAACAUGAAUUCAAAGUAAAUUUGCAACCAUCUUGUAAUAGCAAUAACUAAAAUUGAUGUAAGAUGAGCUUUCCUCUGUCAAGUCUCAAUUAGAUCAAGCUAAUGAGUUACUAAGGAAUUCUUAACCUGAAGAAAGUAGAGUUGAAGGAUUAUAAUAAACCAUUCGUGAUUUAUAAUCAGAUCAUAAUGACUUAAGAUCUAUAAACGAUAAGUUACUUUAAAAUGUCAAUCAGAUGUCAAUAUAGAAUGAAAACUUAAAAAGAGAACUCCAAGAUUCAGAAGAUCAGAAAAAAUAAUUGUAACUUCAAAUUUAAGAUUUAAAUAACAAACACUAAUUUGAGUUAGAACAAUUAAGAGAUCUACUUAAAAAUCAAUAAAAUCAUUAAUAAUAAAAAGACACAUUGAAUUAAUAAUAGCUAGAAAAUCUUAAGAAAUUAUAAUUAGAGCUAUAAAACAAGUUAAAUGAAAAUGAUGAAGAAUUUAAUUAACUAAAAUAAUAGAGAGAUAAUUUAUUACUUGAAAAUAAUAAUCUUAAAUUAUUGAAUGAAAAAGAAAUUUAAGAAAUAUCACUUCUUACAUAAUAAAUCAAAUCAUAAAAUUAACAAAUUUAAACUAAAGAUAAAUUAAUUUAAGAAUUGGAAAAUAAAGUGAAUAAUGAACAUAAUUUAAUAGCUAAACAAUAAUAAAAUGUUAUUAAUUUAGAAGAGAAAUUAAAAGAAUAAUCUAUAUAAUUUGAGAAAUCUUUGAAAGAUAAAGAUAAUUAAAUUUUGGAGAUUAAAAAAACAUAUGAAAUUAAGAUAGGAUAAAUUGAAAAGUAAGAAUAAUAUUUAUUUAGGGAUUAUGCAAUUAUUUUGAAUUAAUUAUAAGAAACAAAUGAUUAGAAUAAGGAAUUAUUAAGAUAAAUAAGGUUAUUAGAGAUCUAAUGUAAGGAGGCAACCAAUAAAUAAGUAGAGAAAGAUAAAAAGUUAAUAGAUGCAUUAGAACGCAUGAAAAAAAUAGAUUUAGAGGUAUAGAGUGCUACUCUCUACUAUAGUUAAAAGCGUUGAUGAAAUCAAAUUCAGUGAGUAGAGAGUAAAUCAUUUAUUUAGAAAGUGAAUUGAGUAGAGUUAAAGAAUAGAAUCGAUUAUUAUAGAGAGAGAAGGCAGAAAUAAAAGAAAAAUUAGAUUUUUUGAUUGCUUAAUAAAAUCGAAAAGGUAAAGUAAGUGAAAUAGAAGGAUUAAGGAAACAAGUAAAUGAAUUAUAAACUGAACUUGAGUUAAUAAAAGAUUCUUACAAGACUGCUUAGACUUAACUUAAAUCAACAACUGAAUAUAUAUCCUACUGUAAGGGUAGAGUCAAGAAAUUAGAUUUUGAAAAUUAAACAUUAAUUGAAUCUAAAUUAAGAUUGGAAUCAUUAUUUUAAGAAUUAUUGGAAUCUACAAAAACAAAGAAAAGUGUAUAUAGAAAUUAAUCUGAAGUGUCAAUAAAAUCUUAAUAGUCUAAAUUGAUUUAUGAAAAUAGUUCAUCAAUAUUUGAUCCUACUUCUGAAAGAUUAACUGCUAAGACUAGUACAAACUAAGUUAAUAAAUCUGGGGAUGUAAGAUCAUUAUUUAAACGUCCAAUUUAAGUAUUAAAAAUCAGAUCCAUUCCAAAAUAGAAAUCUUAGCAUGAUAUAAAGAAGAGUGAAGAUGGAAAUGAAUUAAAUAAAAGUUAAUAGGAUAAUAAUAAUAAUAAUAGUAAUUAAGUUGAAGAAAGCAUUUUAAAAGAUGAAUCACAAUAAAUUAAUCCUAAAAAUGAUUCAGAAAUUGAAACAUUAUGA